CAGUCGCGGGACAAUGAGUCAGCUGUCAGGCACGCAAGGCAGCUCUCAGUAUAAUUCAGCAUCUGGUACUAAGUCAACCGAACUCGCGAUGAGCCCGAAUAUCGAAGUACAGACAGGAGGAAGAGGUGUAGCGUUUGGCCACUGCACAGUGUCUUGGUGAUGGAACAAUAAUCAAGAAAAAGCUGAUCUACUAUCGUUUCCAAUAAUUUUAACAAGUGAAGAAAAUAUCGGUUUCACUACGGUGUAUUGACGAAAAUUGAAAACAAAAAAUUAUGAAUUUCCUGAUGGUAUAUUGUGUCCCGUGGAAUUGAGAAAUCCAGUUAAGAAGAGAAGAAACGGAAACACUGCAUUUUCGACGAAGCAACCAGGAAGAGUCACGCAGCCGAAGAUUAUUCUCCUGAAUAUGUGCAAUACUGAACGAAGAAAAAAUUAACAAGUAAGACGAUACUAAUCUGUGAUAUGAUUCGAGUUAUUUGAAGAAAAUUGUCUUGUUAAAUUUUAAUUCUAUUUAAAAUUGAUUGCUUUAAGAAGAAACCUCUUGGAUAUUAAGUAACAUUAGCCAGUUAGUGCGAGAAAGUGAGUUUGGACGUACUGUAAAUAAAUUGAAAACGACCGGCUCGUAAAUUGAAAUAUCCAUAUCUAGCGAACUGUGAAUUUCGCAUACCGAUACGUUGUCGGUAGGCGAUCGAUUGUACUGUAUAGAUUCAGUGAGCGUCUGUUUGUAAACAGCUGUAUCGACCAAUCGUUUAAGAUCUAUUCGUUAGAGACGAUUUGUGUCGACUGGAGAUGACUAAGUAUAUAUUAAAUCAGCAACAAAUACCGUACAAUCCAUGUUCGGCAUUCAGUUCAAAUUCAGACGCUGGCCAGAAUUACGGAUUAGACUUGUUCUCGUCUCAUAUACACUCGAUGUAUUAUCCGUAUUCCAAUAAAACGUCAUCCGAUGUCAUGGAUGACACGAGUGGUACCAGGCGACCGACACCUGCACCGCGGGAAGAACACAUUAAGAGGCCCAUGAAUGCGUUUAUGGUGUGGGCCCGUCAGAAACGGAAGGAGAUCUCGCAGGAGCACCCGAAGAUGCACAAUUCGGAGAUCUCGAAGAUGCUCGGCACGAUGUGGAAGGAACUCAGCCAGGAGGACAAAGUUCCUUACCUCGAGCAGGCCAAGUGUCUGCGCAGCCAGCAUCAGAAGGACUAUCCGAAUUACAAGUAUCGACCACGAAGAAAGCCCAAGGUGAUGUCGGCCUCGACGGAUCAGUCUAUGUACAUGAUUCCGAGACACGGCAGCAACUUCUCGCUAUCGUCGGUUUACGCUACGCAGCUCGUCAAUCCUUCUGCCAUGGUCUACAAUCCGUAUCACGGGUCCGUCCAUUUUAAGGCGAUGAGCCCGAGCGCAUCGUCCACGGUGCCGUCGACGGUCUCCACUGACAACGGCAACAACAACGCGUCCUUGGACGUCAACAACUUGUAUCACCUCUAUUCAAUGUCAUCGACGGUUGGUAAUCCAACGACAUUGGCGCAACGUCACCUGAACUCGCUCUUCCCAACCGGCCAUCCUACAUUGGGAACCAACAGUCUCCAUUCCCAACUGAUGCUUCCUUCCGCGCCUGGGUCUGCCGCGAGCAGGACCAACGUUAACACUUACGAUACCAACGAAUCGAUGCCAUCCACUGGGUUACUGACACCCUCCACAUUGGAUCCCGACUGGUUUCACAGAUAUGAUUCGGAACAACGAAAUGUGAAUAGCAUGUAAAUAGCAAUUUUGAGAGAGAUUAAUUAGACCAUGUCCACUUUACCAGAAAAACUUUAUUUAGGCGGCGUUUUCACGAUAGAAUUGCCAUCAUUACAAGAUAUGAUGCGAGCUAUCAUGUACCUGCGAUAAGCAAUAUUUGGUAGUACGGUUAUUGAACUUACGAAUUAUAAAGAGGUACAACUAUACAAACACGAAAAUUAAAACACAAAAUUAUUUCAAUCUAAUACGACGUCGGUCGUAUUGUAUCUUCUCAUAACGAUAUAGUACACAUAUUUGUACAAAACAAUAUAUUUUUAAUUCUCGAUUUAUUAAAAAUUAUACGAUCGAUCAACAAACAUGAUAAUAAUUGUAUAUACUUAUAUUUAAUAAGUAUUUAAUGUGUUGUAUAAAUACAGCAUAUAUAAAGGGUGGAUAAGGUAUGUUAAACUGAACAGAAAAUAGAGUUUUUACUGUAUUGCGAUUAUGCCAAUAAAUAGUAAGAAAUUAAUUAGUAAAAACUCGCCAAUCAGCACGCGACCGCGCGAUUCAGCAAGAAAAGAUAGCCACGGAGGUCCAGUAUCACGCGUUACCGAACGCUUCUCCCCAUGCCUCGCCGCGUGUGUAGCAACCAUAAACGCUGACCUCUUGUCACUGAAUUACGCGAAUGCUCACUUAUUUGAAGAUCUUUAUCAAUUAACAAUAACAAGAGAGCAAUUAAUUAAGUAAUUAAUUUUUCAUUUGUUAUUACAGCAGUAAAGGUUUUUCCUAUUCAGCUUAUAACCCGUUCUAUUCGCCCUCGACAGAUAGUAUGGUGAUUAUCAGAUAUGUGUACAUACAAAAAUAGAUAUAAAAUAGAUUUGUGUACAUAUAUACAUUUGAAAUACAUGUAU